AAGAAUGCAUUUCUGUUACCUUUGACUAUUUAAGCUAGUGGUAAUUUGAAUUCAGGCUGCAAUCAGAUGUGGCGUGCGAGGGGCUUGGAGCGAAGGGUAGUCUGGCCUGGAGGGUUGUCCGAGACAGCCCAGACUCCGAGAAUUUCAACGAUUUUUUCCAGUCCAAAUGGAGAGAAAGGUAAAACAAUGAAUAUUCAUGAAUUAUUGCCAUAUGAUUUUCGGAUAUUGUCAGAGAACCUGAGACAUGACUGUGGGACAAUCAAAUGCGAUCUCUUGGUGUAGAGCUCGUCAUGCACUAUGGCUGACUAAUUAUGAGAGAAGCUCUACAGCGGCAAGGACCAUCUACUGGCUCGAUAAUUUGCAUUUAAUUAUAUAUUUAACGACUUCUUACA